CUAGAGGCGUCUAAAUUCAAAAUGUUUCUACAUUUUGUUCGAUUCUUUUCAUCGAAUAUUCGACUCUGCAUCUCAGCAAGUUAAAAUCUGAAUCGCUUUGGCAAUGGAGCGAAACUUUACGCCUGUACAAUAUACUCCCUAGUUGUACAAUAAAGUAAUAAACCCAUACAAUUCAUAGACAUAAGUAGGUAAAACGCACACUGGAGUUCGGCUCAGCCCAACUAAUGAAAAUGUUUUCAUGUAGUCGUGGCCAUUCCACAUUUCUGUGACAGGGGUCUGGUCUUACGACCGGACUAUCUCUAUAUACCGUAAAAGUAUUAUUUUUAAAAAUAAAUAAAUAUAUAAACACUACGUACAUUCACACGAAAUUCUAAACACUGCCAAUAUACAUAACUGUCCGAAAAGUAAAAUGAACGGGAGCGUAGUUUUGGAGAGCGGGGGAUUAUAUCGCAUCGCGGCAGGAUACAUGAAUCGCGGGGCGAAUGUGGAGCUGCUAUAUAUAAGGCCGGCUGGGGGUGCUGAGGCUCACACGGCCCGGUGGGGUGUCCUCUUCAGAAAGUCGCGGGCGAAAACCUUGUGAGGCGAUAAAGAGAGGCGUCGCAAGAUGAUGCCUGGGAGGGGCCGCGCGCGUGCCCGCGGGCGCGGCCGUGGCGAGGAGGCCGCAGCACCGCCUGCGCACGCGCAAGGCGAUGCCGGAGCCUCGUCCGCCAUGGCUCAACCGCCACCGCUCGCUUCACAACUCGGAGUUGAAUCUGCGAGUGACCUUAUAGGCAGAGGUCGCCAGAAAGCCACCAUGCCCUCUUCCAGGAAGCCAGUCACAGAUGUAUCUUUAGUGUCAGCAGGCAUGGAGGGGCUGAUGGUAGUGGAUCGCGGGGGCCGCCGUCGUGGCCAGAUGCAGGCAAUGGAUGUCGGCUUGAUGACUCGCCAGACAAUGGAACAUGUCCGUCAGUCUAAGACUGGCUUGUCAGGUCAGCCGGUCAAACUACUGACCAACUACUUCAAGUUAAUGUCGCGGAAGAUGUGGAUGGUAUAUCAGUACCACGUGACAUUCAGCCCAGAGCUGGAAUCCAAACGUCUGAGGAUUGCGCUGUUACAUGAACAUAAUGAGCUGCUCGGUGAAACGCGAGCCUUUGAUGGCUGCAUUCUCUACUUGCCCAAGAAACUCGAGAAGGUGAGUGAGGUAUGGAGCAAAACAAGACAGGAACAGAAGAUAAAGAUCACCAUCACUUUGACCAACGAACUCCCACCAUCAUCACCGACUGCCAUUGUGCUGUUUAACAUCAUCUUUCGCAAGGUGCUGAAGAUGGUCAACAUGCAACAGAUUGGACGUAACUACUACAAUCCAGAUGAUGCAUUCACCAUUCCACAGCACAGGUUACAUGUCUGGCCCGGUUUUGUCACCUCCAUCAUGUGCUACGAGUCGGAUGUGAUGCUCUGUGCAGACGUCAGCCACAAGAUCCUCCGGAAUGAGUCCGUUCUGGACUUCAUGUAUACCUUGUUUGAGCAAAUUGAAGAGCGACAUUUUCACGAUGCCUGCCAAAAGGAGCUUGUUGGCCAAGUGAUACUCACAAGGUACAACAAUCGGACUUACAGAAUUGACGACAUCUCUUGGAAUAGAAAUCCAAGCAUGACCUUCCUGAAGUCGGAUGGCACAGAGGUAACCUACUAUGAAUACUACACAAAGCACUACAGCCUGGAAGUGAAGGACAUGCAACAGCCACUGCUGAUCAGCCGCUCAAAGCGCAAGGACUCGGUGGGGAAGACAGUGGAAAUAGAGCUGCACCUGUUGCCUGAGAUCAGCUACUUAACAGGUUUGAGCGACAAAAUGCGUUCAGAUUUUCAUCUCAUGAAGGACCUUGGCUUACAAACACAAGUUGGCCCAGACAAGAGGGCAAUGACCACGCAGAAAUUCAUUGAAAAACUCCAAUCGAAUCCCGAGACUUGUAAUGAGUUUGCAAAGUGGGGCCUGUCAUUCGAUCGGCAACUGCUGAGCUUGACUGGUCGCGUGGUGCCUUGUGAGAAGCUUUAUCAGAAAGAUCAAUCGUACCAGUAUAACCAGAGACAGGCAGACUGGUCGCGGGAGUCUCGUAACAUGAAGCUGAUGACACCCAUCUCGUUGGAAGAAUGGAUGUUGCUUUUCACGCACAACAACAGCAAUGAAGCUCGUGCCAUUGUAGAUAACCUGAUGCAGGUCGGCCCACCCAUGGGCAUGCACAUCAACAAGCCGGAAAUGUUUGAAGUUCUGGAUCGCGCACAGUCAUUUGUGCAAACCUUGCAGCAGAAUUUGAACCAUCACACCCAGAUGGUUAUGUGCGUACUGCCAACGAUCCACAAGGGAAAGUAUGAUUCGAUCAAGCAGUUCCUAUGUGUGGAACGACCGUUCCCCAGCCAAUGUGUUCUCGCUCGGACACUCAGCAAGCCACAAAUGAUAAGGAGCGUUGCGACAAAGAUUGCAUUGCAGAUGAACUGCAAGCUUGGUGGAGAGCUGUGGAGCGUUGAGAUACCUAUUAAGCAGUUGAUGGUGGUUGGAGUGGACUCGUACCACGAUUCUAUUACACGUGGGCAGUCCGUCUGUGGCUUCGUAGCAAGUCUCAACCAAACUCUUACCAGAUGGUACUCGCGUUGCAUUUUCCAGCAUGCUGCUCAGGAAAUGAUUGAUGGACUCAAAGUUUGCAUGCAAUCGGCAGUGAAAAGGUGGCAGCAGAUCAAUCGCACUCUACCAAUGCGCAUUGUGGUAUACCGUGACGGUGUGGGGGACGGACAGCUGAGUAUGGUAGUCAACCAUGAGGUUCCACAGCUACUCGACUGCCUAAAGAGCCUGGGCACUGACUACACACCCAAAGUCACUGUGGUGGUGGUGAAAAAGAGAGGCAUUGCUCGUUUCUUUGAGUUUGGAAGGAGCGGACUGCAAAAUCCAUCGCCUGGCACGGUCAUUGACACUGAGGCUACGCGUCAUGAAUGGUAUGACUUCUACCUCGUGAGCCAGUCAGUGCGCCAGGGAACUGUGACACCCACGCACUACAAUGUGGUGUACGACACCAGCAACAUGAAGCCUGACCACAUGCAGCGGCUUGCCUACAAGAUGUGUCACCUUUACUACAACUGGCCGGGUGUCAUCCGCGUGCCAGCACCCUGCCAUUAUGCCCACAAACUGGCCUUUCUUGUUGGGCAAAGCAUUCACAAGGAGCCCAGCCUUGACCUUUCCGAUCGACUGUAUUACCUUUAAGACAUCGUAUCGGGUUCAUGGCUAUGCGUGGUAGUUGGAUGACAAUUUCCGACACGUGUCAGAGGUCCUUUAGAGAAGAAAACAAAAUUAAGUAAUGCUUCCUCAGCUUGAAAGAUCUUUUAAUUUCCAAAGUUGAAUGGUCAAAGCUUCAUUCUGAUUCGAAACGAUACAUCGGCAUGUGAAAUUAUAUAGCAAAAUAUUCACAUAGAAGUAUAAAUAGUUAUAUAACCAGAGUGAUAUCUUAUGAGUGACAUUUUGAAAGGUCAUCCUUUAUGGAAUUUAAAUGUUUUGUUCAAUUUGAAGUUGUUUGUACAAGAGGCAUGCUAAAGAUCUCAAGGCAUUUCGCAAGAGUAUUGACCAUUGUGUGCUGGCGUAUAUAGAUAGGGACUCUACUUACAAACGACUUCGGAUCUUGAGUUCUGUUCCCAGGUCCAACUUUUUACACCUGUCGAUUCUAAACAUGCACGGCAUGUACACUUCACACGGGGAAUUACUUUAAAAGUUGUAUAUCCUGUAGAUGCCAUUGGUUCUUCAUGUUGUGCAAAUAUAGAUGCCACUACUGCCAUCUAUUGUGCGGCGGUUGAACUUAUGACUCGAAAUCCGAAGAGGCAACUUGGACAUAUGAAUCUUAUAGCGGGACCCCGGGGUCCCAUAAGCCCCUGGCUCUCGAAUAAAAUGCGUUACGACGUCAUUUUAUGUCUUCCUCUACACGAUGUGCUAAUCAAAGUUUUUGGUUUCUUUUGGGCAUUCGUCCUCGCUGCGCUUGCACAACAUGACAACAGAAUUAUCCGCACCAGGUGGAUCGCGGCGUCGAAUUGUUUGUAACUCGAGUCCCCCUGUACUGGGCGUCUGAAAAAGAGCAUCGCUCAUCGGAUUCCUCCAAUUUAAAUAUUCUGAUGGUCCGAGUUUGAAAGAUUCCAAAGCAAUUCAAAUAUAUCUAUGGGUCUCUUUUUUUACUGGUAUCAAAAUGAUGGAAAAGGAAUGGGCUUUAUGCUUUCUAGCAGUAAUACACGUGUGCAAGAUGUUUAAAUGCCGAUUGCAAGCAUCAAGUCUGCAUUCACCACAUUGCUCUAUGAUGUGCACACCAACAUGCUUGAUAAAGUUUUGUCUUUGAAACUGAUUGGCCUGCACCAGAGACGACUGUCUCCCCCACCGAAAAGGGUUAACCUAAUUUGUUCAUUUUGAUACGGGGGCUGGGGGGGGGGUUCCGUAAAUAUAAGUGCUUAACCUGAGCUGUCGAUUUGAAGUUUGCAUUGUCCACCUUUUUGCGUUUUCCAGUGAAGAGUUGAACUUGUGUAUGCCUUGCUUUAUUACAUGGUCUUUCCCUUUGUGUCUACUAGUAUGAGUUAAGUUACUUCUCAGUAUUCUGAAAAUAACGUCAACGUUUCUAAAAAAAGUAUUUAGAAGUUUAAAUGCAGUAACCAGUAUGUUCUGUUAAUAAAGCAAUGUUGAAGCUG